UCUUGCUCUUCAUUUAGUCACACAUGGUGGACAAGCGUUUCAAUCUCCGCUCCAGUGAUCGCUUUAUACGAUAGCAAUCCUCUCCUCCUCAACGGCACCGAGACCUCACUCUUCAAACCCUACAUUCUUCUCCUUCUAAGCCAAACUGUCUAUUAAGAAGCGGCUUUCAUAUUUCUCGCGGCACCGCCAAUUAAAAACGGGGACCGGCUGCGCUGGAAACGAAAAUCGGAUUCUUUAAUUCAUCAUUUCGCUGACAGAAGUGCUUGGUUUGACAAGCCCGGCCUUCUUAACAAGUACGUCCGAAAAGAUCCCCCUCUCUCUCUCCCUCUCACUCGCCUGCGGUCGCUUUUUUUUUUUCAAAGUUCCUCCAAGUUUUGAACUUUUCACAGCGAGUGCGCGCCUGGCACUGCCCUACGAAAACUUUUUUUUUUUAAACGUUCCCACGCGUGCGGUAAAUUUCACACACUGGCCUCACGGAUUACGGUAUAAAAGGGGCACGGAAACCGAAAACAUGAUGAGCAACAACACGUACUACGACCAGCAGCAGCCGCCUCAGUACUACCAGGGCACCGAUAACGGGGAAGACCAGGAAGACGAGAUGCCUGCGACCGAGAAGGACCUAGCGGAGGAUGCGCCAUGGAAGAAGAUCCAGCAGAACACCUUCACCAGGUGGUGCAACGAGCACCUGAAGUGUAUGAACAAGAGGAUCAACGAUCUCCAGAAAGACCUGAGCGACGGGCUCAAACUCAUAGGUCUGCUGGAGGUUUUGAGUCAAAAGAAAAUGUACAGAAAGUACCACGCCAGACCCAACUUCAGACAGAUGAAACUGGAGAAUGUGUCGGUGGCGCUGGAAUUCCUGGACAGAGAACACAUCAAGCUGGUGUCGAUAGACUCUAAGGCCAUUGUGGACGGGAACCUGAAGCUGAUCCUGGGCCUGAUAUGGACGCUGAUCCUGCACUACUCCAUCUCCAUGCCCAUGUGGGAGGACGAGGACGACGAGGACGCCAAGAAGCUGACGCCCAAGCAGAGGCUGCUGGGAUGGAUCCAGAACAAGGUGCCCCAGCUGCCCAUCACCAACUUCAACAGGGACUGGAGAGACGGCAAGGCCCUGGGCGCCCUGGUGGACAACUGUGCCCCCGGCCUGUGCCCCGACUGGGAGACCUGGGACCCCAACCAGCCCGUGGAGAACGCCAGGGAGGCCAUGCAGCAGGCGGACGACUGGCUGGGCGUGCCGCAGGUUAUCGCACCCGAGGAGAUUGUGGAUCCCAAUGUGGACGAGCACUCGGUCAUGACCUACCUGUCCCAGUUCCCCAAAGCCAAACUGAAGCCUGGAGCCCCACUGCGCGCCAAGACACUGCACCCCAAGAAGGCCAAGGCCUACGGACCAGGUAUCGAGCCCCAGGGUAACAUCGUGCUGAAGCCAGCAGAGUUCACCGUGGAGACAAUUGAGGCCGGGUUGGGUGAGGUCCUCGUGUACGUAGAGGACCCUGAGGGACACACAGAGGAGGCCAAAGUUGUCGCCAACAAUGACAAGAACCGCACCUACUCCGUGACCUACGUACCCAAAGUGGAGGGCCUUCAUAAGGUGAAAGUGCUUUUCGCCGGUCAGGACAUCGACAAGAGCCCGUUCAUGGUCAACAUCUCCAAGGCGAUGGGAGACCCCAACAAGGUGUCGGCACGCGGGCCUGGCCUGGAACCGGUGGGCAACGUGGCCAACAAGCCCACCUACUUCGACAUCUACACCGCAGGUGCCGGGGCGGGAGAUGUGGGCGUGGCCAUCGUGGACCCGCAGGGCCGGAGGGACACGGUGGAGGUCGUUCUGGAGAACAAGGGGGACAGCAUUUUCCGCUGCACCUACAGACCCGUGAUGGAGGGGCCCCACACCAUCCACGUCACAUUUGCCGGGCAGCAGAUUCCCAAGAGCCCCUUCACUGUCAACAUCUCCGAGGCUCCUCAAAUGCCCCCUCCCGCCGGGCCUGCGGUUAAGAUAGCCCCUCAGGCUAUUCGCACUCCACCUGCAGAAAUGGCCAAGAAAGUGCCACCCCCAGCACCGCCCAAACCCAGACGACCAACCUGCAACCCAAAUGCCUGCCGGGCGACGGGACGGGGCCUGCAGCCCAAGGGGGUCCGGGUGAAGGAGGUGGCCGACUUCAAGGUGUUCACCAAGGGCGCCGGCAGUGGGGAGCUGAAGGUCGUGGUGAAGGGGCCGAAAGGAGGAGAGGAGCCGGUGAAGGUGCGUGACGUGGGAGACGGAGUGUUCGAGUGCGAUUACUACCCGGUCAUGCCAGGAAAAUACACCGUCUCCAUCACCUGGGGAGGAAAUUCCAUUCCACGCAGUCCCUUUGAAGUCGAGGUCAGUGAAGAGCCAGGGCAGCAGAAGGUUCGAGCCUGGGGUCCCGGCCUCGAGACCGGAAUGGUGGGCAAGUCAGCUGACUUCGUGGUGGAAGCUAUCGGCACAGAAGUGGGAACUCUGGGCUUCUCCAUCGAGGGCCCGUCCCAGGCGAAGAUCGAAUGUGAUGAUAAGGGCGACGGCUCCUGUGACGUGCGCUACUGGCCCACGGAGCCUGGCGACUACGCCGUCCAUGUCAUCUGCGAUGACGAGGACAUCAAAGACAGCCCCUUCAUGGCCCACAUCCUGCCCGCGGCCAAUGACGUCUUCCCCGAGAAGGUGAAGGCCUUCGGCCCAGGCCUGGAACCCACAGGCUGCAUCGUGAACAAACCUGCCGAGUUCACCAUCGACGCACGCGCAGCCGGGAAGGGCCAUCUCAAGAUCUACGCUCAGGACGCCGAGGGCUUCCCCAUUGACAUCCAGAUCACGGACAAAGGGGACGGCACAUAUGCCUGUGUCUACGUCCCCACCAAGCCUGUCAAGCACACCAUCAUCAUCACCUGGGGAGAGGUCAACGUGCCCAACAGCCCCUUCAGGGUGAUGAUUGGGGAGGGCAGCCACCCAGAAAAUGUGAAGGUGUACGGACCUGGAGUGGAGAAGACAGGGCUCAAGGCCGGCGAGCCUACCUACUUCACUGUGGACUGCAGCGAGGCUGGGCAAGGAGACGUCAGCAUUGGUAUCAAGUGUGCUCCUGGCGUGGUGGGUCCGGCUGAGGCGGACAUCGACUUCGACAUCAUCAAGAACGACAACGACACCUUCACCGUCAAAUACACCCCACCCGGUGCGGGGCGCUACACCAUCAUGGUGCUGUUCGCUGACCAGGAAAUUCCCAUCAGCCCCUUCAGGAUCAAAGUGGAUCCCUCCCACGAUGCGGCCAAGGUCAGGGCAGAGGGCCCAGGACUCAACAAGACAGGUGUGGAGGUGGGCAAGCCCACCCAUUUCACCAUCUACACCAAGGGGGCGGGCAAGGCCAAGCCUGACGUCCAGUUUGCUGCCGCGGGCAAGGGUGCGGCCGUGCAGGACUUCGAGAUCAUCGACAACCACGACUACUCGUACACUGUGAGGUACACGGCACUGCAGCAGGGAAAUAUGACCAUCACUGUGACACAUGGUGGCGAUCCCAUUCCCAAGAGCCCCUUCAACAUCACUGUGGCUCCUGCCUUGGAUCUCAACAAGGUCAAAGUGCAAGGGCUCAACAACAAAGUUGACGUCGGGAAGGACCAGGAGUUCUCCAUCAACACCCGUGGUGCUGGCGGUCAGGGCCAAUUGGAUGUGAAGAUCACCUCGCCCUCGCGCCGGCCAAUCCCGUGCAAGGUGGAGACGGGCGCCAAUGACGUGCACUCAGUGAAGUACAUCCCGCCCGAAGAGGGGCAAUACAAGGUGGACAUCAGCUACGACGGGAACCCCGUUCCUGGGAGCCCCUUCGCCGUGGAGGGGGUCAUGCCCCCCGAGCCCUCAAAGGUGCGAGCGUAUGGCCCGGGCCUGAAGGGCGGGGUCGUGGGUAAGCCGGCCCCCUUCGCCAUCGACACCAAGGGGGCGGGGACUGGCGGGCUGGGCCUGACCGUGGAGGGGCCCUGCGAGGCCAAGAUCGAGUGCCAGGACAACGGUGACGGCUCGUGCUCCGUGUCCUACCUGCCGACCGAGCCCGGCGAAUACGCCAUCAACAUCCUGUUUGCCGAGACCCACAUCCCCGGUUCUCCCUUCAAGGCCGUGGUGAAGCCCGCCUUCGACCCCAGCAAGGUGACGGCGAGCGGGCCGGGCCUGGAGCGGGGCAAGGCGGACGAGGCCUGCUGCUUCACUGUGGACUGCUCCAAGGCGGGCGACGCCGAGCUCACCAUCGAGAUCAUCUCCGACUCGGGAGCCAAGGCCGAGGUGCACAUCCAGAACAACAGCGACGGGACCUACUCCAUCACCUACACCCCGCCCUUCCAUGGCAUGUACACCAUCACCAUCAAGUACGGAGGCCACGCUGUGCCCAAAUUCCCCGCCCGCGUCCAGGUGGACCCUGCCGUCGACACCAGUGGAAUCAAAGUCUACGGACCCGGGGUGGAGCCCAGAGGGGUCCUCCGGGAAGUCACCACGCAUUUCAUUGUUGACGCCCGUGCCCACAACAAGACUGGGGGUAGCCAUGUGAAGGCCAGGAUCGUCAACCCCUCAGGCACCAACACGGACACCUACAUCACCGACAAGGGAGAUGGAACUUACCGGGUGGAAUAUACCGCCUUCGAGGAUGGUAUGCACCUGAUCGAGGUCCUGUACGAUGACGUCGCCGUGCCCAAGAGCCCCUUCAGGGUGGCGGUCACUGAGGGGUGCGACCCAACUCGCGUGCGUGCCUACGGCCCCGGCCUAGAGGAAGGUCUGGUCAACAAGGCCAACCACUUCACCGUGGAGACCAGGGGCGCUGGCACCGGAGGUUUGGGCCUGGCGAUUGAGGGCACGUCAGAGGCCAAAAUGUCCUGCAAGGACAACAAAGAUGGCAGCUGCAGCGUAGAGUACAUCCCCUUCACUCCAGGCGACUACGACGUCAACAUCACCUUUGGAGGACUGCCUAUCCCAGGCAGUCCAUUCAGGGUGCCAGUGAGGGAGCUGGUGGACCCCAGCAAGGUGAAGUGCUCGGGCCCCGGGCUGGGAAGCGGGGUGAGGGCCCAUGUCCCACAGACCUUCACUGUGGAUGCCAGCAAGGCUGGCGUGGCCCCUCUGGAGGUGAAGCUGCUGGGGCCUUCAGGCGUGGCUGAGCCGGUCAACAUCAGUGACCAUGGCGAUGGCACACACACAGUCAACUACACCCCUGCCAAGGAUGGUCCAUACACUGUGUCCGUCAAGUAUGCUGACCAGGAGGUCCCCCGCAGUCCAUUUAAGGUCAAGGCGCUGCCCGCUCAUGAUGCCAGCAAGGUCCGCGCCAGCGGGCCCGGGCUCAACGCCUCGGGUGUGCCCGCCAGCCUCCCCGUGGAGUUCACCAUCGACGCCCGCGACGCCGGGGAGGGGCUGCUCACCGUGCAGAUCCUGGACCCGGAGGGCAAGCCGAAGAAGGCCAACAUCCGGGACAACCGGGACGGCACCUACACUGUGUCCUACGUGCCGGACAUGACGGGCCGCUACACCAUUACCAUCAAGUAUGGUGGAGACGAGAUCCCCUACUCGCCCUACCGCAUCCAUGCCCUGCCCACCGGCGACGCCAGCAAAUGCCUGGUCACAGUGUCUAUUGGAGGACACGGAUUGGGUGCUGGUCUCGGGCCCACCAUCCAGAUCGGAGAAGAGACGGUCAUCACUGUUGACGCAAAGGCUGCUGGGAAAGGCAAGGUCACCUGCAAGGUGUCUACCCCUGAUGGGGCGGAGCUGGAUGUGGAUGUGGUGGAGAACUCUGACGGCACCUUUGACAUCUAUUACACUGCCCCUGAGCCGGGCAAGUACGUCAUCACUAUCCGCUUCGGUGGAGAGCACAUCCCCAACAGCCCCUUCCAUGUGGUGGCCACCGAGGAGCCCGUUGUCCCUGUCGAUGGCAUGGAGCCCAUGCUACGCCCAUUCAACCUGGUCAUCCCCUUCACUGUGCAGAAAGGCGAGAUCACAGGUGAGGUUCGCAUGCCAUCGGGCAAGACGGCCCGUCCCCACAUCACAGACAACAAGGACGGCACAGUGACAGUGAAGUAUGCCCCCACGGAGAAGGGGCUGCAUGAGAUGGACAUCAAGUACGACGGCAACCACAUUCCAGGAAGUCCCCUGCAGUUCUAUGUGGAUGCCAUCAACAGUGGUCACGUGACUGCUUAUGGGCCUGGCUUGAGCCAUGGCAUGGUCAAUAAGCCUGCCUCCUUCACCAUUGUCACCAAGGAUGCCGGAGAAGGUGGGCUGUCUCUGGCCGUGGAGGGUCCCUCCAAGGCGGAGAUCACCUGCAAGGACAACAAAGAUGGCACCUGCACCGUGUCCUACCUGCCUACCGCGCCCGGCGACUACAACAUCAUCGUCAAGUUCGACGACAAGCACAUCCCUGGGAGCCCCUUCACUGCCAAGAUCACAGGCGACGACUCCAUGAGGACAUCACAGCUCAAUGUUGGCACGGCAACGGACGUCUCUCUGAAGAUCACAGAGACGGACCUGAGCUCGCUGACGGCCAGCAUCAGAGCACCGUCGGGCAACGAGGAGCCCUGCCUGCUGAAGAGGCUGCCCAAUCGGCACAUCGGAAUCUCGUUCACACCAAAGGAGGUGGGUGAGCAUGUGGUGAGCGUCAAGAAGAGUGGGAAGCACGUGACCAAUAGCCCGUUCAAGAUUAUGGUGGGCCAAUCAGAGAUUGGGGAUGCCAGCAAGGUCAAGGUUUACGGAAAGGGCCUGGUGGAGGGACACACCUUCGAAGUGGCUGAGUUUAUUGUGGACACCAGGAAUGCAGGUUACGGAGGUCUAGGAUUGUCGAUUGAGGGUCCGAGUAAAGUGGAUAUAAACUGUGAGGAUGUGGAGGACGGGACGUGCAAGGUGACCUACUGCCCCACUGAGCCGGGCACCUACAUCAUCAACAUCAAGUUCGCUGACCAGCACGUCCCAGGAAGUCCCUUCACAGUGAAGGUGACUGGAGAAGGAAGGAUGAAGGAGAGCAUCACUAGGAAGAGGCAGGCUCCGUCCAUCGCCACCGUGGGGAGCACCUGCGACCUCAACCUCAAAAUCCCAGGGAACUGGUUUCAGAUGGUGUCGGCGCAGGAGCGGCUGACGCGGACGUUCACGCGCAGCAGCCACACGUACACGCGCACCGAGCGCACGGAGAUCAGCAAGACGCGCGGCGGCGAGACCAAGCGCGAGGUGCGCGUGGAGGAGAGCACCCGCGUCGGGGGCGACCCCUUCCGCGACGUCUUCGGCGGCUUCCUGGGCCGCGAGAGCCUGGCCGGCUUCAGCGGGAUGCCGCCCCGGCCCGAGGGUGAGACAGGCACCCAGGAGAUGACGGCGCAGGUGACCAGCCCGGGGGGCAAGACGGAGGACGCGGAGAUCAUCGAGGGGGAGGACAGCACCUACAGCGUGCGUUUCGUGCCACAGGAAAUGGGCCCCCACACCGUCAAUGUGAAAUACCGGGGCCAGCACGUGCCCGGGAGCCCCUUCCAGUUCACUGUGGGGCCCCUGGGAGAGGGCGGGGCCCACAAAGUCCGGGCUGGGGGCACUGGCCUGGACAGGGGCGUGGCAGGAGUGCCAGCGGAGUUUAGCAUUUGGACUCGUGAGGCAGGUGCAGGGGGGCUCUCCAUCGCCGUGGAGGGGCCCAGCAAGGCGGAGAUCUCCUUUGAGGACAGGAAGGAUGGCUCAUGCGGAGUCUCAUACGUAGUCCAGGAACCAGGCGAUUAUGAGGUGUCAAUCAAGUUCAAUGACGAGCACAUCCCUGACAGCCCGUUCGUUGUCCCGAUCGCCACCCUGUCAGACGACGCCCGACGGCUAACGGUCACCAGCCUCCAGGAGACAGGUCUGAAGGUGAAUCAGGAGGCCUCCUUUGCUGUGCAGCUGAACGGCGCGCGGGGCGUGAUUGACGCCAAGGUGCACACGCCCUCCGGGGUCGUUGAGGAGUGCUACGUCACCGAGCUGGACAGCGACAAACAUGCCAUCCGCUUCAUCCCGAGGGAGAAUGGCGUCCAUUCCAUUGACGUCAAGUUCAACGGCAGCCACAUCCCCGGGAGCCCCUUCAAGAUCCGUGUCGGGGAGCCGGGACAGGCCGGGGAUCCGGGCAUGGUAUCCGCCUUUGGGCCCGGGCUGGAGGGAGGCACCACAGGUGUUCCCUCAGAGUUCAUCGUGAACACCUGCAACGCCGGUUCAGGGGCGCUGUCCGUCACCAUCGACGGGCCCUCUAAGGUGAAGAUGGACUGCAGCGAGUGCCCCGAGGGGUACAAGGUCACGUACACGCCCAUGGCCCCCGGGAACUAUCUUAUCUCCAUCAAGUACGGCGGCCCCCAGCACAUCGUGGGCAGUCCUUUCAAAGCCAAAGUCACAGGCGCGCGGCUGUCAGGGGGACACAGCCUGCAUGAAACCUCGUCCGUUCUCGUGGAAACGGUCACCAAGACGUCCACGAUGGGCGGGGCCUACAGCAGCAUGCCCAAGUUCUCGUCGGACGCCAGCAAGGUGGUGUCGGGGGGCGCCGGGCUCUCCAAGGCCUUCGUGGGGCAGAAGAACACGUUCACAGUGGACUGCAGUAAAGCAGGCACCAACAUGCUGAUGGUGGGUGUCCACGGGCCCAAGACCCCCUGCGAGGAGGUGUACGUCAAGCACAUGGGCCGCCGGGUGUACAAUGUCACCUACACGGUGAAGGAGAAGGGCGACUACAUCCUCAUCGUCAAGUGGGGGGACGAGAAUGUGCCAGGGAGUCCCUUCCGCGUCACCGUGCCCUAAAAAAACGCCUCCUCACCCCACCUUAACCCCCCCACCCCCACCCCAACCCCGCUGUGCCCCCCUAAUGGACCUACCCCUGAAACGCACUAAAAAAUGCAAAGACUUUUGUCCUUACAGGGGGGAAAAAGACAGAAUUUUACCAGUCAAGCAAUGUGCCAAAUCUCUGUAUUAACCUUAGGUCAUGCUCUUGGUGACAUCAUAGCGACAAAGAAGCAGCCGAUCUGUGUCACCAUGCGACAGCGCCUUUCUUUGGAAAGGUCCCUCCCCCCUCCCAACUAGUUUUUUUUUCCCCUUUGAUGGUCAUAUUUUUAUAUAUAUUUUUGAUGAUAGAAUGUGCAAUGAGGAAGCAAGUGGUUUAGCUCCGGGUUCGCAUUGGCCGUUUUCAGUUUCCGUAAUCUAAUCCCGUCCACUUCUGAUCAAGAGCACACCUGCCUGAAGGACACGAUAAACACAAAGUGCCAUUAUUUUAUACGCUGUACUGCGGACAUACAGGCCAACACAGGCAAGAAAAAAUUAACGUCAUAUUCAUCCAGGUUACCAAGUCACAAGCAGACAGAAUGUAUUUAUUUAGGUAUUGUCUUUAUGACAGCAAAUUUGUCUUAUUUUUGAUGAGAAAAAAACCAAUCAAACUAAAAAAAAAGAAAAAAAACUAUGAACAUUCUGAAACACUUCCUGUGUGAUGUCAUAACCUGGGAUAAAGGAAUGUGAUUGGUCGAGCAACUUUUGUACUGAGGAAGAGAGACAGAUGUAGCAAUGGUUAAUUAUGUGAAUGUUAAAACAAACUUUGCAAUGAAACAGCAGUAAAGAGUGACAUUUUAUAGUGUUUUGUAUGUAUUAAAAUGAAAAGAAAAAAUCUAAUUGUUUGAUAUAUUAACCUACUGUUUGGUAAGACUUUGCAGACAUAAUAAAGAUUUAACUGCUAACUUGCCAGAAAAAGCA